CUGUCGUGCCAUCUUCUUAGGAAGGUGGUGUGUUUUGAUUUCCAAACAGUCUCAACUCUGCAUUUUAGAGGGAAGAAUGCGAGACGUAAGAGCGCAGGUGACGAGCAGCCUGCUGGAGUUCCCAGAGGGGACUCUUCAGGCCCUUGGGAAAGAUGAGGUCACCCAAGGUGCUGUGCUGCGCGGGAAGUUUACUGGAGCGAUAGGUGACCUAGCAUGGCUGGCACGUGGUCCUCACCUCGAGAUAGUGAGCUCGGUGACAGGCCAGAGAUUCUCUGAAAACCAUUUCAGAGGAGGGCACGAACAGCCUCCCACUAUUCGAGUGGUGAAGGAGUUUUCAUGGGAGAAAAGAGCUGGACUGCUGAUUGCCUUGGAAGAAGGAGAGGGAAGUGUUCUCUGCCUGUACGACCUGGAAACAGCAGAAGUGGUUAAAGCAGUUUUUCUUCCCUCAAGGGUGAUUGCUGUGGAACCCAUUAUUAAUCACGGAGGACCCAGUGAGAGCAUUCAACACCUACAUCAGAGCCUGCAAUGCCUCUUUGGCAUUGCCGCGGUGGCUACAGACGUCGGUCAUCUGUUUCUGGUUGACCUUUGUUUGGACAGUAUGUCUUGCAGUCUGAGUGAAGUAGAAGUAUUGGAUCUCAGAUUUGUCACUACUACAUUUGCUGAUGAAGUUCCACCAAGACGAGAAACUGCCACCAGAGAAGGGAGACAUCUCUGCUUUCGAUUGCCAAGCCCGUCAGGAACACCAAUAUCGACGCUGGCCUACAUCAGCAGAAGCAAUCAGCUGGUUGUGGGGUUUUCACACGGCUGCCUCUCACUGUGGAAUAUGAAAACGUUGAAGAGGGAACAACACUGUCGACUUGGAGGAAGGAGGAUUCCUAUCUAUGCUGUUACUUUUCAAGAGCCGGAGAAUGAUCCUAGCAAUUGUUGCUACUUGUGGGCUGUUAAGUCUACCCAAGAAAGCAAAGGCGAUGUUUUGAGUCUACACCUGUUGCAGUUAACAUUUGGUGAUCGAAAACGUUUGGCAUCCGGACAAGUCAUGUAUGAGGGUUUGAAACACUGUACAGAAAGGUUCAGUUUAGAUCUGGCGAGUGGAAAUCUUCCCUGGGGAAGGCAAAAUAGCAAUAUUGAAUUACUUAGAUGUCAGACCAUCGAAGACUUCUAUGACGAUGUUGACAAAGAGGAUAACGGUAACGAAGUAACAUCUCCUUACACCAGCAUCUCAAUCUUUUGUUGGCAAGUGAACACACACGGUCAGGAAAAAACAGCUGCUUAUUUGGGCGUGUUUGACAUCAAUCGCUGGUACGAUGCUGAAAUGCCGGAUUCAAUAAGGCCAGAAAAAUUCCUUCUUGAUUGCCCUUAUUUUGCCUUGUGGACAUUGGAGAAGGUAACAAGCACAGUUCCUCCAGAACCCAUUUUGGAUGUUCUGGUCCACGGGACGAGUCUAACCUGGGGAGCGCCUCCUUCGUACCUACCACCCGACCAGAUUCUAAAUGCGAGCGGCUAUAAUUUUGGUAUGUAUUUCACUGCUUUUAAUAGUGAGAAGAUUAAAUUGAGCUCAGAUGCCAUUUUUUGGUUCUCUCACUCAAUGUUCUCACUCAAAACGCAAACCAAACCAGAACAUCCGAAGCCCCACAAACCCAGCCUUGAUGAUGUGGAGGAGCAGUUAGAGGCAAUAUUGUCUGCGGCUGUCCAAACGGGUUCUUUAGAACUCCUGACUGGAUGCAUUAAACAUUGGACAUCUGAAAAGCAGCCGAAUUCUGCAGCAAAGUUACAGUUUAUCCGUGACUGUGCUUGGAAGAAAGUGGUCUACACCAAAGAUGAAUUUGACCACAUAUGUGUUCCACUGUUUGAUGGCUCAAGCCGCUUCCUUGAUCCAGAAAAGCGACAGUCUCUUCAGCACUGCCAGGAUCUCUUGGACAACCUUAGCAGAGUCUUAAGCUGUUUUCAAAGAGAACCACAAGAACUUACUGAUAAAGACGUGAGAAAUCAACAGGUGCUGGCUAACAACUUUUCUAUGUAUGCGCGAAUGGUCCUCUGGUUCUGUCAAUCUGGUCUCCUUCCAGAGGGUUCAGACGGGACGACGCAUUUGUCUACCCCUUCCUACCACUAUCCUCUGCUCCAGACCCACUAUACCGGUGAGCGGCAGCGACUGCAGCAUUUGUCAAGAGGAAAAUGUAAUUCUGACUGCCUCAUGAUCGAUGGCAUAGUUUCCUACGUAGGAGACCAACUUGAGAAAUUGUGGAAGAAAGAGAAAGGAGGGACAGGGAAAUAUCCCCCUCCCAGUUUACAUGCACUGCUGGAUCUUUAUUUAUUGGAAAGUACAGAAGAACCCUACAAACACGCGAUUACCAUUUACUUACUGCUGGAUGUCUUUCAGCGCUUUCCAAAGCAAAUUGAAAAUAUAGUCCAGUCCUUCGCCACCACCUUCUCUCUCCCUCAGGGCCUUGUAGCCCUGAUUAAAGGAUUUUGGUUUCUCGAUCACCAUGAUUAUGAAAAAUCACUGGCCCACCUCUGCCAUCAAGAAACAACGCAGGUAGCACCGUGGCUGCAGCUGCGAAUUAUUCAGUCACUCGCUUGCCAAGGACAGCAUAGGCAAGCCCUCCAAUACCUACCGUGUAUGAAGCCAUCACUGUCAACAUGUAGCAAAGUGCGGCUUUACCUCGGUGUGUUGUUGUCUAAUAGGUGCAUGGUGGAGGCCUGGGCUCUUUUGCAGCAACACGUCACAGACUCAAACAGAGCAGAGCUCUUGGAACACGUGUACAAAAGCUGCCAUGAGAUGGGACUGGUGGAAGAAUUACUGCAGCUUCCUUUCACCAACACUGAACUAGAGUCCUUGAAGUCCUUUUUAAGGACCAGGGCUUGUAUUGCAAGCAACAAAGUUCUUCCAGUCAGCACACGAAAGAGUGCGUAUUAUUGGCCAGCAGUCCUGCAGAAUCAAUCAACGAAGGUUAACCUCAAGAACGAUGGUGAUCCUCAGACUCGAGAGGGAAAAGCUCCACAAAAUUCUGGCAAAGUCCUCCCUGGUAUCCAAAGAAAGCUGUCGGUGGCGAAAUUCAAGCCGUAUGAAUUCCUUACAUCUUCCUUUAAACAAGUCUCAACACCAAAGCUGCAACCAACCAGAGUAAAAGCAGCCAAAGUAAUUCCACAUAGCAGAGCAACUGUUAUAUAUAAGAUAUUGUCCGCAUUGGAGACACACAGAUAGGAAGGAGAAAGAAAACUGGUUUAUCACAGUAUGAUAGAGCUCCAGAACCACCAGCCAAGAGACGUCCUACCCGAAUGUGGAGUUCUGUAAUCCAUUUCUUAUCACACCAGCUACAAAAUGUUCGUGACGAGGUCUGACACGGA